UGGUGCUUGAGCCGCUCGGCGAUGCCAAACUACGAGGGGGUCUUGACUGUUUAGAAAAUCAGGCCAGUUGUGGAUACGAUGCCGUUUAGAUGAACUCGAAACCCCUUUUUUUUCUAAGAACAGUCUAUAAACGAUGCAUCCUUCACUUCUAAAGGUCCCGUCCUCCUCUCCUCCCCCGCUUUCUUGAUUAGCCUUCACAGUGCCUCUUCAAGCUCUAGAUUUCUCCUUCAUAGUCCACAAUGAAGCUUGUAAGGUUUUUGAUGAAGUUGAACAACGAGACUGUGUCAAUUGAGCUCAAGAAUGGAACCGUUGUUCACGGUACCAUUACAGGUGUGGAUAUUAGUAUGAAUACUCAUCUGAAGACUGUGAAAUUAACACUAAAGGGGAAAAAUCCAGUAACUUUAGAUCAUCUCAGUGUGAGGGGAAACAAUAUUCGAUAUUAUAUACUUCCUGACAGCUUGAAUCUUGAGACUUUGCUGGUUGAAGAGACACCUAGGGUCAAACCCAAGAAGCCAACUGCUGGGAGGCCUUUGGGCCGUGGUCGGGGUCGUGGACGGGGUCGUGGACGUGGUAGAGGCCGCUAGUUGGAUUGCACUAAUUCUAAUUUUUGUGGCAUCUAGUUAUGUAAACACCUAUGUUGUAAGGAGAAUUUGUUGGUAAAGUCAGGAAAAUUAAGAGAAUGCUAUUUCUAUGUUGUUACCCAGUUCGUUUUUGCAGGCUAACUUGCAGAUUCUAAGGAUUUUCUUAUUCGUUGAAUUUCUUCUAUUGCUAGCAGAAAGUUGGGAAUUGAUGAGUUCAUGAUAUAUUAUUCCUUUCUUUUGUAUUCAGCUAUACCACAAUGAUUAUGAUGGAUCGAGCAUUUGAUUUCGAUUCAGUAUUUUCGUGGAAUUUUGUGUUCUUGAAGAUGAUCCAAAAUUCUCUGAAUCUUUUCUUUGCUGAUGAUCCAAAUAGACAAAUUUCAACUGCUUGAAUAAGAAGCCUGAAAUUUCAAACAGAUCAGAUGAUUCUGAUUUUGAUUUCUUUGGUUUGAGAUUCAGUUUCAACGCCAUUGCAGAUUGUAAAAAAAUGGGUGCUCCUAUUUAAUCAAGUAAUGAUUUUCCAAUUGAACAGCUGAAAUUACUUGCAAACGAUAACAUAUGUUGGUUCUUUAGACAAUGAUAUUUCUGAUCUAUAAGCCAAUAUUGGCUGUCAAUUCGCGUGACCAACAAAUAGCUUGGUGCACGCGGAUCUUUGUCACGCGGGUUCUACGUUAUCGGUACCCCAUGGCAUAUAUAAAUUCGCGGCCCACUUCCUAAAGUGGGGCGCAACUGUGUAAGCGUUCUUGCGUCAAAAGCUAGAAAAAGAAGUGCAGGAGGUGGACGAAGCGGCGGAAUAGAGAGACCAUUUGAAGAUGGGAACGAAGCCGAUGAAACAAGCGAUAGUCGUUUUUGGAGCUCUAGCAUUCGGAUGGCUGGCGAUUGAGAUGGCUUUCAAGCCCUUUCUGGACAAGGCUCGUGCGGCCAUGGACAAGUCCGACCCCGACCGCGAUCCAGACGAUGUGAAGGAUGAGUCUGCUCGCGAAGAAUCUCCGUUUGAUGCUGUCGCCUCCGACGAAAAACCAGCAGCCAUAUGAUGGUGAUUGGUGAGCAAUGAGUAGUAUUUGCUGGUAGGUUUAAAUAAAGGGGCUUUAGGAAUUUAAGUAAAACUUGUAGCUAAAAGUAAAACUUGUGUUUCUGAAUCGGGACUAUGUUUGUAUGAAUUUCGAAUUUUAUCAAUCACGAUCACAUUUCACCUA